AUGCACCUUGAGUCGUGCAUCGUGUGCGGCGCAGGUCCUCAGAAUUUGUCGAAUCUUUACAAGCAUUUGAGAAAACAUCAUGCUUGGAGUGAGGAGCGACUUGAAAUGGAAAAAAUUCGCAUAAAAGCUGUUACAAACCAAAACCUGGUAGUAUGCGACGAAUGUAACAAUGUAUACAGCUCGAAAAACAGCUUAGGAAGGCACAAACAGCGAUUUCAUGCAAAAGAACCAGCUCGAAUAUUAAGCGUUGUAUGUCCGGUAUGUGGUGAACGUUUUUAUAGUCAGUCGGAUUUGGCUAAUCAUUGCGGAAGUUCACACCGUAGUGAAAAUGAGAUUUCACCUGAUUUUUCGGUAUUUCGUGGAUGUUUCAGCAACAUCGCAACAUUUGAGGUGUUUGAACAAGUCGAUGGUGUUAUCGUAUACGAAUGUUGUAUUGGACAUCUGGGACACGCCGUAAGGAGUGAAUAUCUGCGACUAUUCAGUGAUGACAUAAAAGAAGCGAUGGAUAUGCUAAAGAUGGGUAUCGAGUUAACUGUAAGUUAUUAG